UCGUGAUCAACGGCGUGCCUAUGCCAUACACGAUCACUGACAACAUGCUGUGCUCCGGUAUACUGGACGUGGGAGGUCGCGACCAGUGCUACGGGGACUCUGGCGGGCCAGUCUUCCACCAUGGCGUACAAGUCGGCAUCUGCUCGUUCGGGCACGAAUGCGCGCUAGGCGAAUUCCCUGGCGUCAAUGUGCGCGUGUCUCAGUUCACCGACUGGAUAAGCGAGAACCGAUAAGAAAUAGAUAUAGUGACAUUCGAAGAAAAAAUAAUACAUUUCUCAAAAAUAUUAGGAAUAGGUAAUUAAA